AUGCUGACGAACGGCACCCACAGCUAUAUCCAGCCGGACCCGUUCUCACCAGUCCACUCGGCGAUGGACUCCAAGUCCUCGCCGCUGGCCAUGCUACAGAAGACAUGCUCGCAGAUCGGCGCCGACACCAUCGCCGCCAAGCCGCCGCCGCCGCCGCCGCCGCCCGACAAGAAGAAGGAGGAGACGCGGAAGGAAUCGCCGGUCGCCGAGCGGCCCGCCUUCAAACCGUACGAGCUGGAGAGCCGGGCCGAGGAGCAGGCGUCGGACCCCGAGCCGGCGACGGACCGCGACCGCAGGUCGCCGCCCCGGUCUCCCGACAGCCGGAAGACGCCCAAGAGCGAGGCCAGCUCGACCACCAGCCCUGUCAGUCGCCCCGGGGCCGAGGUGCUGGCCGGCUGCAGCGGCGCCAGGCACCACCGGCCCGGUGACAAGUGCCAGAGCCCGUACUGUCCGUGCGCCUUCAGCACGCCGCACGGCUACGGCGCGCCCUGCCCCGCCGGCUGCGCCCCGUGCGAGCACGCCAAGGCUCUGGGCGGCGCGCUCGGCUCGGCGCAGCUUCACUCGCCGUACCUGGCGCUGGGCUCGCCUUUCUACCCGCCUCUGGCGGCGGCCGGCGCCGGCGUGGCGCCUGUCGUCUGCAGCUGGAUGGCCGACGGCCGCUACUGUGGCAAGCGGUUCGCCAGCACCGAGGAGCUGAUGCAGCACCUGCGCUCGCACACGAGCCUGUCGCCGGCCGAGGCGGUCCACCGGUCGCCUUUCGCGCCGGCGCCGCUGUCGCCGCUAUCGGCCGCGCGCUACCAUCCGUACUCGAAGCCGGCCUCGCUGGCGCUGGCGGCGGCCGCGCAGCCCGGCUCUCUGGCGGGGGCUUAUUACGCGCCUUACUCGGCCCUGUACGCCCGGCCGCCCGCGCUGCCCUGA